GGCUCAGUCAUUUCUUACAAGGCAGCACCGAAGAUUUACGCCUCUGCAUUAGAGGCCACGUCGUCGUGGUUCGUCACAAGCAAGGAGGGCUGCAUCAAUGGCGAGAACAGCAAGAGCAACAAGAAGAAGAGGGACUGGAUCGCAGGAGUCGAAAACUGCCCAAAUAUCUCCAGAAAUUGAUCGUGUUAUAGACUGUUUUGUGGACUUGAUAUUAGUAAUGGGCAUUGAAGGUCUCAGAAAACAGUAUCAAGAAAUCAGUUCAUAUCGAACGGCAGAUUUCAAAUUCACGGCUUUCUCUGAAAAUCCGACCAAGAAUCGCUAUAAUGAUGUCGUUUGCUUGGAUAGAACUAGAGUUGUGCUAACGCAUGAUGUACCUCCCCAGUCAGAUUAUAUACAUGCGAAUUGGGUGAGAUUUGAAAAACAUGACAGAGAAUUUAUUGCGACACAGGGACCAUUGGAUAACACUAUAGGAGACUUUUGGAGAAUGGUUUUUCAAGAACAAUGUCCUAGCAUUGUCAAUCUAACUAGAUGCGUUGAAGAAGGAAAAAUAAAGUGUUCUGAAUAUUGGCCAACAGAAGCUGGAAAAUUUUUCACGCAAGGGAAGAUUUUUGUGAAUACCAAGAAGGUCGAAUCUGAAGAAAAAUUUAUGGUCUACACUAUCGAACUAGUGCCAGAGGGUUGCUCAAACUCGCAUGUAGUUAAAAUGAUCCAUAUGACUACUUGGCCGGAUCGAGGAGUACCACAAAGCGGACGUCAUGUGCUGCGUCUUCUUCGCAAAGUUGUGGCAGAUAAGCUCGAUUGUGGUCCAAUCGUGAUGCAUUGCUCGGCUGGUAUUGGUCGUACAGGUUGUAUCAUUAUGGUCGAUAUCAUCUUACGAAGAUUAUUCGCGGGAAAACCGGUCGAUAUGCCCGAGAUCUUCAAACAGCUGCGAGAUCAACGCGCACAGUCAAUCCCAGUCGACAUUUUAUACGUAUUCGUCGUAGUCAGUGUCAUCGAAUACAUAAGAGCGAAAUUUCCACAAAAAUAUAGAGUGAAGACGCAGAAAUUUAUGGAUGAGUAUAAACUGCUACAAGCGCAGUUUUCUUGAAGCUGAGACGAGAAGAUAAUAGUAACAUUUGGUGUCGUACACGUCAAUAUUCCAAUAAAUUAUCAUCUUUCUGUAAAACGCUAGUUAAGCACUCCUCUGUGUUGGGAAUGAUCCAGAAUAAAUG